GUAGGUGGCAGAAGCGCCCAAUCCGCAAAUAGCCGCGCAGUGACGUCACGGAUGAGGCAGCACUCGGUAAACAGAUGUUUGUCGCCAAGCAGACUGCUAGCUUAUAAACUCUUACUCGACCAGGAAGGCACUUUAUUUGCAACCCGUGAUGUGUUUGCACCACCAGGCGUUAGCGGGAGUCUUUAGCUGAGCUCCCUUCCUGUCCUUUCCGCUAUUGCUCUCCUCCUCAUCCUCCUCAUCCCUCCGGUCGUCCCUGUGAUGCCUCCCUCGUGCUGUGGCUUCCUGUCACAGUACACCCAUCAUCACCUGGUCGCCUUCCUCCUCACCUUCUUUAGUUAUGUGUUCCUGCAUGCAUCCAGGAAGACGUUCAGCAAUGUAAAAGUGAGCAUCUCCGCCCAGUGGACGCCGUCUCCUCAGAAUGCCAGCUCUCCCGCUUUCUCUCCUAGCGAGACAUGGGAGAGCAAUCGCCUGUUUGAGACUGAAGAGCAGGCCACUCUCUUCCUCGGAGCGCUGGACUCCAUUUUUCUCUUUUCCUAUGCUGUGGGUUUGUAUCUCAGCGGCGUGAUUGGCGACAGAGUCAACCUGCGCUACGUGCUGUGUUGCGGCCUGUGCGGCUCCGCUGCCGUGGGUUUUGCGUUUGGGACGCUGACAGAGUGGCUCCACCUGUACAACAUCUACCUCUACUGUAGCCUGUGGGUUCUCAAUGGACUGCUGCAGUCCACCGUCUGGCCCUGUGUGGUCGCUGUCAUGGCUAACUGGUUCGGCAAGACAGGGAGCGGCUUUGUGUUUGGCCUUUGGAGCGCCUGUGCCUCGGUGGGAAACAUCCUGGGCGCCUUCUUGGCAUCCAGCAUGCUCAAGUACGGCUACGAGUACACCUUCCUGGUGACCUCAGUGGUGCAGUUUGCUGGUGGUGUGGUGGUCUUCUUCGGCCUGCUCACCUCUCCGAAAGAAGUUGGUCUGAGUAUGGCGUGUGAGACUGGACUUGGUCCAGUUGAGACAGACACGCACAGACCUCUGAUGAGCGAUGGAGAAGAAGAGGAGGAAGAGGAGGAGAAUGAGGAUGGCACAUACUACCGCAACCACUCGGUUCAACAGCAGGAUGAACCUCGUGAGGAGUCACAAGCUGUGGGCUUCUUCCAGGCUUUCUGUCUGCCCGGAGUUCUUCCGUAUUCGCUAGCGUACGCGUGUCUGAAGCUGGUGAACUACUCCUUCUUCUUUUGGCUUCCGUUCUACCUGAGCAACAACUAUGGCUGGAAGGAGGCCGAGGCUGACCGCCUGUCCAUGUGGUACGACGUUGGCGGUAUUAUCGGGGGAACCGUUCAGGGUCUGAUAACGGACGUCAUGGGAAAGCGAUCCCCAGUAUUGGCGUUAAGUCUGGCGCUAGCCAUGGCCUCCCUUGUGGGGUACAGCCAUUCACCAAAUGACAAGGCCGCCAACGCCGCCCUGCUGGCCAUCACCGGCUUCUUCAUCGGAGGUCCGUCCAACAUGAUCAGCUCGGCCAUAUCUGCUGAUCUGGGGAGACAGGACGCCGUUCGGGGAAGUCGAGAGGCUCUGGCUACAGUCACGGGCAUUGUGGACGGGACAGGAAGUAUAGGAGCUGCCGGUGGACAAUACUUGGUGUCCCUCAUUGAGAGCAAGCUGGGCUGGCUGUCUGUCUUCUACUUCUUCGUCAUCAUGACAGGGGGCAGCGUUGUCUUCAUCGCUCCCUUGGUCCUGAAAGACGUGCGCGCCAUGUGGAGAGAGCGACAGGCACUGCACCACCAGCUGUGAGACAAUUAACUUGUUUUGUGUCCUCCGUGGCAUCGCUACAACACUACUUUUCAGAAACAAUAGCUAUGUGGGGAAGAGUUUUUGUUUAAACUUGUGUUUAAAGGCUGCAGUCAGCUGUGACAAAAGGACCCAGUCUUAGUAUGUACAUAUUUUAAAAUGGCUGUAAAAAGCUACAAAGGCACUGUCGUGUAACCUAAUUCCGGGUUGCACAUGAAUGGGAUGGGUUGUACUGUAAAUAUUGUAGAUAACAGAUUAAGAUUUAGUGUUUUCUAAUCAGUCAUUCAUUAGAAUGCUUUUAUUACUGCUUGGACUCUACCCAUCAUUCCAACUUUCUCAUAGGACAACAUAAUGUUUUUGUCUCUGAGUCUUAAAUCACAUGUUUACUGUCAGUCGGCCAGCUGCCUUUAGGAGCGCGGUUAUCUUAGUGGUCGUGGGGGGGUUGAAAUGAUACUUAAGUAGAAUGUAAAAGUCAAGGAAUGUGUAACAAUCUGUACUUUUUAAGGCAUAUUUUAUUUGUAUUUAUAUGUACAUUCGCACAUGUUAAUGUAGCAUUUUGUUUUUAAUAAAUUGUGGUUCAAUUUUGCUAAA